AUGCGACUCGUCCAGGAGCACACUCCGGAUGUGCCGAUUCCCCGCGUCCAUGGAUCGCUUUACAGGUACAACGACGGCGCCCCAUACUACGGUGAGCUGUUUAUGGACUUUGUGCCGGGGAGGACUCUCAAAUCGACAUGGGCUGAGCUCGACGAGGCUUGCAAAGAUCGCAUCUGUCAAGAUAUAUGGGAUCUCGUUGCUCGAAUUCGCUCUAUACCACCUCCCGACGAUUUGGGUCCUGGCCUUUACCGCACCGUCGACGGCUCUCCGUCUCGCGACCCUCUCCUCGGCAGUGGCAGCGAUAUUCCUCCGUGCGAUUUGGAUGAUGAUGCCCUACGGAAUCGUAUCUACGCCCGAUACGUUACCUCUAAUGGGCUUUCUUAUCUCUUUACGCAUGGCGACAUCGGCCCUAGAAAUAUCAUAGUGGAUGAGAACUGCCAUAUCGCCGCUCUUCUUGAUUGGGAAUCUUCUGGCUGGUUCCCUGACUACUGGGAGUUUGCGCAGAUGAUGAAGUUCUGCGAUCCGUUAGAGCACGAGUGGCAGAGAUGGAUGGACAGAACCAGGCCAGAGGUAUGGGAUAUCAGGUUUAUUCAAAAAGCAAGGCGGGUCUUGUUCUGA